GGCAAAUGUAAAUAAAUUUCGCUCUCGUCGAAGCGUGCUCGUAAUUGGCUAAUUUUCAUUAGUAUUUCAAGACUUUUGGUUGUUGUACGAACAGUUGUUCGUGUAAAAAUAGUUUUUAGAAGCGGAAAAGCCAUACAAACAGUACCUUCCUGUGAAAUCGAUCGCGUGAUCCACCGAACCUCAACCAAACAAAUCAAACCAUCAUGGAUGAUCAGGUCUGUCCGCGAUGCAAAACCACCAAAUACCGCAACCCGUCGCUCAAGCUGAUGGUGAACGUGUGCGGCCACACGCUGUGCGAGAGCUGCGUCGAGCUGCUGUUUCUCAAAGGGUCCGGCUCCUGUCCGGAGUGCAAUGUGGCCCUGCGCCGGAGCAACUUCCGCGUGCAGCUGUUCGAGGACUCGAACGUCGACAAGGAGGUGCAGAUACGCAAACGCAUCCUGAAGGAUUUCAACAAAAAGGAGGACGACUUCGGCUCGCUGGACGAGUACAACGACUAUCUGGAGAUGAUCGAGGAGCUGGUGUUUAAUCUGUGCAACAACAUCGACAUCAUCAACACGAACAAGCGCAUUGAGCAGUACAAGCGGGACAACCGGGACGUGAUCAUGAAGAACAAGCUGAAGCUGAGCAAGGACGAACUGGAGCUGGAGCAGAUCGUGGAGUACGAGAAGGAGCAGUUCGACCAGCGGCGGAAGGAGCUGGCGAUGAUUGAGGCGGAAAACCGGAAGCAGAAGACGAAAAACAAGGAAGAGCUGAUCGAUUCGCUGAUGGCAAGCUACGAGGAUGCGAGCGCGAUCGUGGACAAGUUCACGCAGAAGGCGGAACAGUCCCAGAUACAGCUGCCGAAACCGGUCGCACCGCCACCGGUCGCCAAGCAUACACACUUCUCGUCCGGCAUUGCGACCGGUUUCCAGGGUCAGCACGGUUUCCUGGCCGUGCCGAAGCUGGAGGAGGGCCCGCUGUACGUGUACGAACCGCAAGGCUUUGAAACGGAUGGACCGGCGCCGCCCUCGCUGGAGGAGGUGAUCAACAACGGCUACAUCAGGCACAUACGACUUGAAAAUUUGGCAGAGAAAGCGGGAGGAUUCCAAACGAACAUUUCCUGCCUGCGAGCUAUUCAGGAAGCGUUGGCCGGAUUAUAUCACGAAAUGUAAAAAGCUAUUGCCUCGAGUAGUUUGCGUUAGAAUUUAAUUUACAAAAAGGAAUCAAUAAGUUAACCUCACACGUGUUCACGAACCAUCGCUUGCGAUUCUCCUAUUCC